CUAAAAAAGAGAAAAGAAAAGAAUUUUGCUCUGAAAAUCUCUUUCUUGCUUUUUUCUGUAACCGCCACAUUACCGUCCAAAGAAUCGAAUGCUGUGCACAGCUAUGGAUGAAGAAUUCUCGCUUAACGAUCCAACUCAUUUGCUUGAGUCAGCGUCUGAGUUCGCUCAUCACCCUGUUCUUCAAAAUGACGCCGCUACAAAAGAUUUUCUUGACCGUUUUCCUCUCCCUGUCAUCAUCAGUGCUUUGCAAACCAAAGCUGAUGUGCCUGGCCUGGAAAAUGCUCUGGUUGAAUGUCUGGAGAAAGUAUUUAAGACUAAGUAUGGUGCCUCACUUAUUCCACAAUACAUGCCUUUUGUUCAAGUUGGCCUCAGGGCAGAUUCUCAAAUAGUUCGUUGUUUAGCAUGCAAAACGGUUUCUUCCUUUUUAGUGAACUUUGAUGACAAAUCUAUAUCUGCCAUACAGCUGAUUGUUGACUAUGAUAUAUAUCCACUCUUACUUGACUAUCUGAUUUAUGGCAAUGAACAAGUUGCAACUGCUGCAAUUGAUGCAAUCAAGAACUUAGCUCACUUUCCUGAGGGGAUGGGCAUCAUCUUCCCAUCUAAUAUCAAUGAAGUUACCCACCUUGGGAACUUAGCAUCACGAUGUUCAUCCCUGGGACGUGUGCGGGUUUUAUCAUUGAUUGUGAAGUUAUUCUCUAUUUCCAACUCCGUAGCAUCAGUUGUAUAUAAUUCAAAUCUGCUCAGUUUAUUGGAGGUAGAAAUCAGGAAUUCGAAUGAUACCCUUGUAACCCUAAGUGCUUUGGAGCUCUUGUAUGAGUUGACUGAAAUCCAGCAUGGUACAGAGUUCUUGUCGAGGACCACCCUUCUAUUGCUUCAUUCUAUAAUCAGCAACUCGUCAAUGGAAUCAAUUCUGAGAUCAAGAGCAAUGAUGAUAAGUGGAAGGCUUUUAUCCAAGGAGAACAUAUACAUGGUUGUUGAUGAACCAAGUGCCAAAGGUGUGAUUUCAGCCAUUAAUGUGAGAAUUGGGCUGUUGAAUAGUCUAGAUACAGAUGAAUGUUUAUCUGCACUUGAAGCUCUUGGACAAAUAGGAUCAUCAAUCCAAGGAGCUGUGUUGCUACUGUCGAGUUUUCCACCUGCUGCAAGGCAUAUUGUUCAUGCUGCAUUUGAUUGGCAAGGGCGUGGUAAACAGUUGGCUGCAUUGCAUGCUUUGGGGAAUGUCGCUGGAGAAAAGCGGCCUGAGGAUAGUGUAAUGCUAAAUGGUGAUGCAGAAGAAAAUCUUCGACUUUUGAUCUAUGAAGUAGCAUCACAAAGUUCAAAAUUGACACCAUCUGGUCUUUUCCUAUCAGUUCUUCAACAGGCUGAGGAAUUUCGUCUAGCAGGGUACAGAGUGAUAACAGGGUUAGUAGCUAGAUCAUGGUGCCUGAUGGAGAUUUGCUCAAAACAGGAGAUAAUAAACAUGGUGACUGAUCCGGCUACUGAAACUACUAAAAUAGGUAUGGAAGCUAGAUAUAAUUGUUGCAAGGCAAUCCAUAGGGCAUUCAUGUCAAGUAAACUCGUUAGCGACCCUGCGCUCCAUGGAAUAGCUGUGAAGUUGCAAGAUGGUGUUCAGAGAGGUCCAUAUCUGGCAAGAAAACAUACUGAAGCAGCUCCAGUAGUGAUGACAGCCGAAAUAUUUUAGAUUUUUGCAAGCAUAAUAUUAGAUACAUCGGCCUUUGUCAUGUUUGAAAUUCUACCGGGUUGUUCACUGGAAAAAGGAACUUGUAAACUUCACUAAAUGAUAAAU